AUGCCUCUUCUUUUCUCUGCCACCGCCAGGCGAACAGACCGAAGACACCAUAAAGCCGCACCUACCGCAAGGUCUGUUUUCUCCGAACCUUCGAGGUCUCGCCAGCCAAGUCGGCGUCCGAUCCCCAAAACAUUUCAGAUCUCACCCGAUGCGAGCUCCAACCGCGUUCGCGUCAGUUUAUCGAAGCUGAAGAAGGAGUUGGAGUCCACAAAAGUGACAACAGAAUCAGAAGUCACACAACUGGCAGCGCUCGAUCCUAGUGGGACAUACUGGCCCGCAUUCAGGCAACUGCUCGAAAACACACUCACAGCGCGCGGUGCCUCCGAGGCCGCAGAUUUUGACGGAUUACUAUCUGAUAUCGGUCGCGCUCAGUUGGGUGACUGGCAGAAUGAACUCCCGAGAGUGCUACACUUUGGCUUCAUUGACUAUGUCCUGUUUAGAAGGGCACAAGAUGCCCCGCAGGAGCGUUCGGCACUCGACGAUCUACAAUUUCCUAUAGAAUGGUAUACCAAUGCUCGACAGGUGCAAAGAGAUGUCCACCUGCACAUUGGUCCUACCAAUUCAGGGAAAACCUACAAUGCUUUGAAACGUCUGGAAGAAAGUGGAGACGGAUUUUACGCAGGCCCGCUACGGUUGCUAGCACACGAAGUGUACUCAAGGUUCAAAGCGAAGGGCGUCCCGUGUGACCUUAUCACUGGAGACGACGUCAGAUUAGAGGAUGAUCCCAAUACAAAGCUACGCGCCUCGACUGUCGAAAUGGUCGACAUCUCCGCACGGUUUGAGGUUGCCGUUAUUGACGAGGUGCAAAUGAUGGCUGACCAGGAUCGGGGUUGGGCAUGGACUCGAGCUUUCCUUGGUGCCAACGCAAAAGAAGUGCACAUUUGCGGAGAAACUCGGGUGCUUCCCCUUGUUCGAGAGCUGACGGCAUCCACGGGAGACAUACUUCACGUGCAUGAAUACAAGAGGCUGAAUCCGCUCAAGGUCAUGACAAAGAGCCUGCGAGAAGAUCUCAAGAACCUCCGCAAAGGUGACUGCAUUGUGGCAUUUUCGGUCGUCAACAUUCAUGCAUUGAAAAAGCAGAUCGAGUUGGACACAGGACGUCGUUGUGCCAUUGUUUAUGGUAGCCUCCCACCCGAAACUCGCGCACAACAGGCUGCGCUGUUCAACGACCCCAACAAUGACUACGAUUUUCUGGUAGCAAGUGAUGCUAUCGGCAUGGGCUUGAAUUUGAGCGUGAAACGCAUUGUCUUCCACAGUGUUUCAAAAUUCAAUGGGACUUCUAUUGUGCAGUUGUCAACCGCUCAAAUCAAGCAAAUCGGUGGUCGCGCUGGACGCUUCCGAAAUGCGCAUCAGGCUAUGAAUAACACCCCAGCCGCAUCGGAAUCUAACGUAGGUCUAGUCACGACUCUCAACGACGAAGAUUUACCUCUUGUGCGAGCCGCAAUGGAAUCGGAGGCUGCCCCUAUCAAAAGAGCAGGUAUGCUUCCACCCGCUGAGGCAAUGGAGGAACUCGAGGGUCGUUUGCCCAAGGGGAUCCCCUUCGAAUAUAUCCUGCGACGGUUGUGCGGAAAAGCUGCCACACAUGAGCGAUUUCGGGUAUGCAGUAUUCGAGACCAGAGUCGAAUCUCUCGAGUAAUCGAACCUGUCCGAGGUUUGACCAUGACUCAACGCAUCAUGUUGACAGCUGCACCAGCUACUUCAGCCUCCCAAGCGAUGGAUGUGGUUAUGCGAGCCUUUGCGAGAUGCGUGGCAGAGCGACGACAGGUGACGAUCGUUGACGUCCCUGAAGUUCAGCUUGAGGUUCUUGAGAAGCCUGUCUCAGGAGACCGAGCAUAUCUUGAAAGCCUAGAAGACCUUCACAAGUCGCUCGUCCUCUACCUCUGGCUCAGUUACAGAUUCCUGGGCAUCUUUAAGGACAGGGAAAUGGCCGUGUACGCCAAAGAGUUGGCAGAAGACCGAAUAAACACCUGUCUCCUUGAGUUUUCUGCCAACCCCGAUCUGCGCAAGAGAGUGUUGUCAUACAAAAAGAGGAUGGCUCUUCCUCAAAUCCAAACGGACGAAACUUCGACUACAGAACAAGAGUCUCCUUCGGAGCUACCAGAGGAAUCUGAUGCCCUUCCUGUGGGCUGGAUCCGGGGUUCAUCAGGCGUGGAGUUCGAGGAUUCUCCGCCUCUACAGUCUUACAACGUCGCGCAUGGAUGA